AUGGAGAUGUGUCAAAAGAAUACACCAGAAGUCAUUGACAUUUGCAGAUUCCACACUUACAACACAGGAAAGGCCUGGGAAACCAACAGUUGUGCCAGAUGGGCCAGGAAAUACCAUGGCCUGGAGAUCAUAGGGUCACCUGUCUACUGGCAUUCAUGUCCCUUUCAGGUGGAGGGAGGACCCAGGACAAUUGCUGCUGCUCGUGAUCUGGAGAUGGAGGGUAUGAAUCUGAAUAUGGGGAGAGAGAGGGAAGAAGAAGAGGAAACGAGAGAGGACUGGAGAAGUAAAGAUUCUGCCAAGAAUAAGAAGGUCCACAGGAUUGUCUCCAAAUGGAUGCUGCCCGAGGAGUCCCGCAUAACAUACUUGGAGAGAGCUAACUGCUGCCCCCCACCCGUGUUCAUCAUCUCCAUCAGCCUGGCUGAACUGGCAGUGUUUAUCUAUUAUGCUGUGUGGAAGCCUCAGAAGCAGUGGAUCACCUUGGACAGUGGCAUCCUGGACAGUCCCUUUAUCUACUGUCCUGACAAGAGGGAGGAAGUCUGGAGGUUUAUCUCGUACAUGCUGGUACAUGCCGGCAUUUACAGCUCUGUUAACCUCACAACUCGAUUUCAACCUAUGGACUCAGCCUUGCCCCAGUUUCAGAGCAGAGACCGAAGGGAGAACAUGACUAACCUGUUACCCUCCUCGGCCUGUUUUUGUAAUAGCUUCUUGGUGGCUGGCACCUUAGCCGGAUCCCUUGCCAGCUCCAUAUUUGACCCACUCAGAUCUCUUGUGGGUGCUUCAGGAGGCGUCUAUGCUCUGAUGGGAGGCUAUUUCAUGAAUGUUCUAGUGAAUUUUCGAGAAAUGAUUCCUGCCUUUGGAAUUUUCAGACUACUGAUCAUCAUCCUUAUAAUUCUGUCAGACAUGGGAUUUGCUCUCUACAGAAGGUUCUUUGUCCCUGCAAACGGGUCUCCGGUGUCUUUCGCAGCUCAUAUUGCCGGUGGAUUUGCUGGAAUGUCCAUAGGUUACACCGUGUUUAGCAGCUUUGAUAAAGCUCUCCUGAAAGACCCAAGGUUCUGGAUCGCAAUUGCUGCUUACCUGGCUUGUGUCUUAUUUGCUGUGUUUUUCAACAUUUUCUUAUCCCCAGCCAACUAA